AACUUCAGUCCAUAAUCCAGUUUAUGUUUUCAUUUCUUUUUCAAUUUGCUUAUCAUCCGUGAAAACUGCCCUUUGUACCGGCGAUACAAAUAUAAUCUUUAACUUUAAGAAGCAACUCAUCUGGUAAAGGCGCCUCACAGCACGAUUGGCAGUUGGUUGAACCGGAUUGUACAGAACGAGUUUAUACAACAAGUCUAUAUAGAAAAUGUCUUCGGCAGCGAAAUUGCGUUUUGAUGGUCGUGUGGCCGUUGUGACCGGCGCCGGAGCUGGACUUGGACGGGAGUAUGCACUGUUGCUGGCAUCGCGCGGUGCCAAAGUGGUGGUCAAUGAUCUGGGUGGCAGCCAUGUGGGCGAAGGCGCCUCUCAGCGUGCCGCCGAUGUGGUUGUCGAGGAAAUCCGCAAGAACGGCGGCGAGGCUGUGGCCGACUACAAUUCGGUAAUUGAUGGUGCAAAGGUCAUCGAUACGGCCAUCAAGGCAUUCGGACGUGUGGACAUACUUAUUAACAAUGCUGGCAUAUUGCGUGACCGCAGCAUUGUGAAGACAUCGGAUCAGGACUGGGAUCUGGUAAACGAUGUGCAUCUGAAGGGAAGCUUCAAAUGUACACAAGCCGCCUUCCCACACAUGAAGGCGCAGAACUUUGGACGCAUUAUAAUGACCUCGUCCAAUUCGGGCAUCUAUGGCAACUUUGGACAGGCCAAUUACUCGGCAGCCAAAAUGGGACUGGUUGGACUUGCCAACACGGUUGCCAUUGAGGGCCAAAAGAAUAACAUUCACUGCAAUGUAAUCAUUCCCACAGCAGCCAGUCGCAUGACCGAGGGCAUUUUGCCCGACAUACUCUUUAACGAGCUGAAGCCCAGCCUUAUUGCGCCCGUUGUUGUCUACUUAUGCCACGAGUCUUGUGAGGACAAUGGCAGCUAUAUCGAAAGUGCCGCCGGCUGGGCAACCAAGGUACAUACGGUGCGUGGCAAGGGAUCUGUGGUGCGACCAUCUCUAGAGGAACCAGUUACAGUCGAGUAUGUGCAAAGUGCAUGGAGUAAGGUGACGGACAUGUCGGAGGCGAAACACUUGAAUGCUAUUGCGGAGGCAUCCGGCUCCCUGCUGGAGGUGCUCGAGAACCUGAAAUCCGGCGACAAGGAUGCUGUCGAGGAUAGUUUCACGUUCGGCAACAGGGAGCUGAUUCUGUAUGCUCUGGGAAUCGGUGCCUCAACCAAAAACGGCAAUGACAUGCGCUUCUUGUAUGAGAACGAUGCCGACUUUUCACCAAUCCCAUCGUUCUUUGUGCUGCCCGGUUUGAUGGUUACCAUGUCCAGCUCUUUGGUAAGCAACGCGCUGCCCAAUAGCGGUGCAGACCUGAGCAACAUCUUGCACGGUGAACAGUAUUUGGAAAUUGUUGACGAUCUGCCCACCAGUGGCAAACUGCUGACCAAGGGCAAAGUAUUCGACGUUAUGGACAAGGGUUCCGGUGCUGUGGUUGUGACUAGCUGUGAGUCUUUCGAUGAGAACGGCCGCCUUUUGGUUAAGAACCAAAGCGCCAUCUUUGUUGUUGGCGCUGGCAAGUUUGGUGGCAAAAAGGUGCCCAUUGCCGGCGUCGUGCCUCUGGCUGCUGCCCCCAGCCGUGCGCCCGACUCAUCGAUUCAGUACAAGACCAGUGAGGAUCAAGCUGCGCUAUAUAGGCUCUCCGGUGAUCUGAACCCAUUGCAUAUCGAUCCCAACUUCGCUCGCUUGUCUGGUUUCAAAACACCCAUAUUGCAUGGACUCUGCUCCCUGGGAUAUUCGGUUAGGGCCGUGCUGAGCAAAUACGCCAACAACAACAGCGCCCUAUUCAAGGCAGUAAAAGUGCGCUUCUCGGGCCCAGUUCUGCCCGGACAAACGCUCAAGAUUGAUAUGUGGAAGGAAGGUGCACGCAUUCAUUUCCGCACCCUAAUUGUUGAGACUGGCAAAGAGGUCAUUUCGGGCGCCUAUGUCGACUUGAAGGACUCUAAGGCUAAAUUGUAAAUACGAUUUCAGCUUGAAAAGUUAAAUCUUAUUAAGAAAAUGAAAACACUAUGAACUACAUUUAUAGCAAAAAUAUAACAACAUAACCAGGCGGUGGU